CCGCCCCUGGAGCGCGAGGCGCCGCCAGACUCACAGGCUCUGCGGGCGGAGAGCCGCGAUGGCGGACGUGUCUGAGAGGAAGGUGCAGCUGUUCGUGCUGCUGGCCUUCGCCUCCGGAGUGCUUGUGGGCUGGCAGGCGAACCGGCUGCGGAGGCGCUACCUGGACUGGAGGAAGCGGAGACUGCAGGACAAGCUGGCGGUGACGCAGAAGAAGCUGGAUCUGGCCUGACCUGGACGUCUGCUCCGCCGGCCCACACGCGCCCGCGCCGUCCUGCCCGCCCGGGUCCUCCCGCCGAAGCCAGCGGGCCGCUCGCUCCUCGCGGAGUGUCGCUUGUUGAAGAUGGAUAUUGAGCACUGGACAGACAUUACUUCUUGCAUUUAUAAGUCAAUUUUAUUUAAAAAAUAAAAAUUUAAACAUCUU